AUGCCAUUUCUACCCACCAACAACAAUGAACUGAAGGACAUGCACCGAGUGGUUUCGGCAGAACGCAAGAAUGCGGAGAUCACCGGCGUCGCUGUGGUUCGCAGCAGAACGUUCGACCCCUUGGACAGCAAGUGUGAGCCUCGAUGGUGGAAGUUCUGGCAGGGCAAGGGUGCCAUCGAGGUCACGACAGCCCCUGACCUCCAAUACACACUUGAUCGAAUCACAAUGGAAGACCGUCCCACCAACCUUAUCAUUGUUGCGAGCCGGUACAUCCGGAACCUUGGCUUCGAUGUCGACUCAUCGGACAGCAACCUCGAAAGCUUGAAGAUUCUUUGUGCAAGCCCGAGAUCGAAGCAAGCUUCGGACUCAAAGCGGAACAGCAUGCAGCACCAAAAAGCAGAACUCUUCCUUGACGGUGCCUCCACCUUUGGAGGCGUCCGACUGGAUCAAUGGGGUAUGGCUCACGGUCAACACAAGGUCUACCUAGGUGAGAACGUCAAGAUCCGCCCCGAGCUAGACAUGCUCGAGAAAUCCCUCCGCACCGCGUGGAACCAGCGAGCCAACGGAAUGAGGGAACACUUCAACACCAUGAGGAACACCAACAUGCUGGGCGAAUGGUGGAAGGAGUGGCGAGGCCCCGUCGCGGGCCUGCUCGGCGCCUGCGUGACGACGACCAAGCUCGGCGUCGCCUUCAGUACCACCACCAUUACCGUGUCCGGAAGCUACGGCUUUGGUUUGCUUGCCGGAUCCGCCUCCUACUCGACCACCACUGCCGUCGCCACCGCCGCUGGUCCUGCGCUACUUCUUGGCGCCGCGACCGCCGCGAUGGUUUACUUCGUUCCCUGGGAGGAUCUCCUGGGCUGCUUUCAGUCCUGUUUUGGCUCCUUCUGGGAUUGGCUCAUGGACCUGAUUUCCGGCAUCAGGGAGAGGUUUGUGCAGUGGUCUUCGGCGCAGAGGACUCGGUAUUCAUCGUCGGGCCGGGGUCGGCGAGAAGAAGCUCCUCCGCCUUAUGAGCAUCACCGCCACGGGCAGAAGCUGUAA